AUGCCACUCCCAACAAUCGACCCGCCUCUGCUUAACAGCGCCAAUCCGUGGUGCAGCACACGAGAAGAUCUCGAAGCUCUCUACGCAUGCCCACAUACGGGCGCUGUGACGACACGAACCAGUCUGCUGCUCGGUUUCUCUCACGAUCCGUCCGUUCACCAGCAUGCUUUCUUCUCGACGCAAUCGCAGACGGCCACGACCGCACCAGAUUACACCAUUAGCGGGAAAGAGUACCCAGCCAGUCUCAACACACUUGGCUACUCGCCUACUCCCAUAGACACCUAUCUCAGCUGGAUUGAACACAUCGUUACCGCUUCUUCGAACAAAAGACCCAAACCUUUCAUCGUCUCUGUCACAGGCUCGCCCAAAGAGGUCGCUGAAUGUUAUAGCAGAGUCGCCACACUCGCUGCCCAUAUCCCAGCACCGCUCGCUGUCGAAGUGAACCUUAGCUGCCCCAAUAUCGCGAACAAACCACCACCAGCAUACUCUGGCUCUGCCCUGAAAGAAUACCUUGAUGCGUUGAGAAAUGUCCCACGGACAGUGUCAUUGGGUCUCAAGACACCGCCAUACACAUAUGCUGGUCAAUUCAACACGCUGAUAGACACAUUACGUGAGAAUGGGACAUCGCCAAUCGAUUUUAUAACUUCCACGAACACGCUGGGCUCCUCUCUUGUGCUGUCUCAGCAGGGUCGACCGUUGCUUCCCUUGGCGGCAGGCACGGGUAUAGGAGGACUUGCUGGCGAGCCUCUGCAUCCACUAGCUCUCGGAAACGUCGCUACGCUGCGCCGAUUACUCGAUGAGCAUGCCGAGUUGCGCGAUAUUGAUAUUAUCGGUGUUGGCGGGGUCAGUGAUGCUGCCGGACUAUCACGUAUGCAAGCUGUAGGAGCCAAAGUCGUAGCCAUUGGCACAGCUCUGGGCAGAGAGGGCAUACCAGUGUUUGCUAAGAUACUGCAAGGCACGAGGAACUCGAAGUUAUAG